CUUUGCUGAAGCAAGCAAAGACUUAUGUGACAAGGGUCAUACAGAAGUUAGAGGAAGGAUUUGAAUGACUCUUCAGUCCCUGCUGAGAGAAGGCACCUUGGUCCUAGGAAGCACAGGACCUGAAUUCAGAUUGGACAUCUCGAACAAAUCCAGGCCAACUGUCCAGUCUGUCAAGAUCUGUCUGGUCCUCACUCCAUCACUUAGUGUCUCAACUUUGUGGCAUCAUAAGAGUUGAUGAGAAAUACCAUCCAUGGUUUAUCCAAGUUACCGAUGCUCAUUCUGGUAGCCUAGGGCCAAAUCUAUGAUCGCUUAAAUAUCCAGCUUUCCAAAAAGAGCCCGGACACUUGUGCAUGAAAAUUUAAGUGGAAAAGUCGAUGCACAGAGACAGUCCCACUCUCUCGGCGUUGGAAGCCUGGGUCCAUUGGCACGAAAAGUCGUUACAUCUGGAGACUUCCUCAGCUGCAUUGGAUGGCCGUGUUGUCUUUUGUGCUCCAACAUGCCCUGAGCACUCCACAGUGCCUUGCUGCGUCGCCAUCUCAGCCGUUGAACCUUCUUAUUGGUUUCUUCCAUCUGUUCAGCCAAAGCAGUCUUCACAUGCUGGGAUGCAGAGUUAAGAACCAAAAAGCCAUGUAUUUAAAGGGUAGCAGAGCUGAGUUUGAAUCCUAGAUCUACCCUUUGCCAUCUGUGUGACCUUUGAUUCAUGGCUCUCCAGUCCCCCAUCAGGCAGGAUGAUAGCCUCUGAAAUAACUAAAAUACCAUCUGCCAUCUUCGACAAUGGAUCAGGCUUAUGUAAAGUAGGCAUAUCAGGAGAGCAGAAUCCCCGAUUCAUCCAGGCUACAGUCUUAGGUUAUCCCCAAAGUAUCAACUCCAUGGCAAAUACAUGGCAGAAGGCAUAUUAUGUUGGGCAAGAAGCCCAAGAUAAUAGAAGUAUCCUCACAUUGAACCACCCAAUGCAACAUGGGGUUGUCACCUCCUGGGAUGAUAUGGAAAAGAUCUGGGAACAUCUGUACAAAGAUGGUCUCAGAGAGACGCCCAAGCAGAGACCUGUGCUCCUAACAGAAGCGCCUCUGAAUCCCCCAGAGAACCGAGCCAAGAUGGUAGAGAUUUUCUUUGAGACUUUCCAAGUGCCAGCCCUCUACGUGGCUCUCCAAGGUCUCAUGGCACUCUAUGCCACAGGGAAAAGCACAGGCGUUGUUUUGGAAUGUGGGGAUGGUGUAACUGCCGUCAUCCCCAUCUACCAGGGUCGCUGCCUAUUCCAAAGCAUAUCCAGGUCUGAUUUUGCAGGGGGGGAUGUCACAAACUACCUGGCUGGGUUAUUCUUGGAGAAAGGCAUUUCCUUGAUGAACACGGGCAGCAAGGACAUCAUAACUGACAUCAAAGAAAGGCUGUGCUAUAUCAUACCUGAUCCACAUGAGCGGAUGAAAGAGGAAAACCUAGACUGUUCCAUAUAUAACUACAUCCUUCCUGAUGGUCAGACCAUGCAAAUUGGGGAUGAGCUGUUCCAAGUACCAGAGUGUCUCUUUCAGCCCUCCAAGGCCGGUUCCUCAGCUCCUGGAAUCCACACAUUAGUCACCGAAAGUGUAUUGAAAAGCAGCCACCAUUUCCAGAAAGAUCUUCUGAACAACCUGAUCCUGUCUGGGGGCUCCACCUUGUGCCCAGGGAUGAAGAGGAGACUCUGGAGGGAGAUACAGUCCCUUAUGAAGGGAUCCCUGAAGGUCAACAUCAUGGCCCCCAGUGACCGCCUCCUUUCAGUGUGGAUUGGUGCUUCUGUCAUCACGAGUCUGUCAACUUUUCAGCAGAUGUGGAUGUCCAGCUCAGACUACAAUGAGCUUGGCCCCUCUGCAAAGCAGAAUUGCUUCUGGUGAGGCCGGCAUUCUUGACCAACCAACAACAUCCAAAUUAUAAAAAAAAUACAGAGAUCUCCAACCAAA